CCCGAUGAACCCUCCGGAGAGGAGGUGAAGCGGGGGGCGACCGCGGCGCACGGCCCGGGGGCCAGCGGUGCCAGUGCAGAGCCCGCAGCAGCAGAGCCGGGGAAAGUGGGAGCAUGACCGUGCGGCCUCAGGGGAACUCAGCGCAGUAAUGUCGACAUGAUGUUUCAUUCAGGUGGAAUGUGGACCUGCCGUUGGAAAUGGAAGCCAGGUCUUCUCUUCUUACUUACCUUACAUGCUAUGUGUGUGCCUCACUCAGUGUGGGGAUGUGCCAACUGCAGAGUUGUCCUAUCCAGCCCUUCUGGGACCUUCACUUCUCCCUGCUACCCUAACGACUACCCUAACAGCCAGGCUUGCAUGUGGACCCUCCGAGCCCCCACUGGCUACAUCAUUCAGAUAACGUUUAAUGACUUUGACAUUGAAGAAGCUCCCAAUUGCAUUUAUGACUCAUUGUCCCUUGACAAUGGAGAGAGCCUGACUAAGUUUUGUGGAGCAACUGCCAAAGGCCUAUCAUUCAACUCAAGUGCCAAUGAGAUGCACGUGUCCUUCUCAAGUGACUUUAGCAUCCAGAAGAAAGGUUUCAAUGCCAGCUACAUCCGAGUUGCUGUGUCCUUAAGGAAUCAGAAGGUCGUUUUACCCCAGACGCCAGAUGCCUACCAGGUAUCUGUUGCAAAAAGUGUCUCCAUCCCGGAGCUCAGCGCUUUCACACUCUGCUUUGAAGCCACCAAAGUUGGCAGUGAGGACCCUGAGUGGAUGGCUUUCUCUUACUCCAGUCCAUCCCUCCCACACGCCCUCAACUUUGGAAAAGCCAAGAGUGGCUACUUUCUGUCUAUUUCUGGUUCAAAAUGCUUGCUGAAUAGUGCAUUCCCUGACACGGAAAAAGAAGACAUCUUCACCGAAAGCUUCGAGCAGCUCUGCCUCACGUGGAAUAAUUCCUUGGGCUCUGUUGGCGUCAAUUUCAAAAGGAACUAUGAAACGGUCCUGUGUGAUUCUACCAUCAGUAAAGUUAUUCCUGGGGGCGGGAGAUUGGUGUUGGGCUCCAAUCAAAGUGAGAUUGCAUCUCUCAAAGGGGACAUUUACAACUUCCGACUUUGGAAUUUUACCAUGAAUUCCAAAAUCCUCUCCAACCUCACCUGUAACAUGAAAGGGAAUGUGGUGGACUGGCAGAAUGACUUUUGGAAUGUCCCGACCCUCGCUCUGAAAGCUGAAAGCAACCUAAGCUGCGGUUCCUACCUGAUCCCGCUUCCGGCGGCAGAACUAGUCAACUGUGCAGAUCUGGGGACCCUCUGUCAAGCUACUGUAAGCCCUCCUAGUACCGCACCACCCAUUGUCACCACUAACAUGCCUGUUACUAAUAGACUCGAUAUACAAACAAAUGAUGGCAUUAUCUAUAGAAUAUCUGUCGUGAUUCAAAACAUCCUUCGUCACCCUGAGGUGAAAGUACAGAGCAAGGUGGCAGAAUGGCUCAAUUCAACCUUCCAGAAUUGGAACUACACUGUUUAUGUGGUUAAUAUCAGUUUUCACCAGAGCACAGGAGAGGACAAGAUUAAAGUUAAGAGAAGCCUUGCAAAUGAUCAAAGGAUGGUGAUUUUGGCCCUUCUAGUUUACAAUGCUACCAACAAUACUAACUUAGAAGGAAGAACCAUCCAGCAGAAGCUCUUAAAAAAUAACGAGUCCCUGGAGGAGGGUUUGUUCCUGUAUACAGUGAAUGUGAGGCAAAUGGUAAGUACCUGUCCUGCUGAGGAGGAACCCAAAGGCUAUUUCUGGCCAAACAUCGUACCUUCAGAAUACACCAUGAACUGUCCAAAGAGGCCUGGCUAUUUUGCUACACGGACAUGUUAUUCCAAUGCAGCCAACUCAUCAGCCUACUGGGGGCCCCCUGAUACCUCUGACUGUUUACCUCCAAAUGAAGUUGCCAAUGAGAUUUUAAAUACGACUGAUGGGCAGAACUUGACCUCAGCUGAUAUUACCAACAUCGUGGAAAAGGUCAAAAGAAUUGUGAAUAACGAAGACAACAUCGAUAUAACGCUUGGCUCAACUCUAAUGAAUAUAUUUUCUAAUAUUUUAAGCAGUUCAGAUAGUAACUUGCUUGAGAGUUCCUCUGAAGCUUUAAAAACAAUCGAUGAAUUGGCCUUCAAGAUAGACCUCAACAGCACACAACACGUGAAUAUUACAACUCAGAAUCUGGCUCUUGGAGUAUCAUCCCUGUCUCCUGGAACAAAUGGAAUUUCAAAUUUUAGCAUUGGUCUUCCAAGCAAUAAUGAAUCUUAUUUUCAGAUGGAUUUUGAGAACAGACAAAUGGAUCCACUGGCUUCUGUAAUUUUGCCUCCAAACCUACUUGAGAAUUUAAGUCCAGAAAAUUCUGUAUUAGUUAGAAGAGCGCAGUUUACCUUCUUCAACAAAACUGGACUUUUCCAGGACGUCGGACUCGAAGGUAAAACCUUAGUGAGUUACGUGAUGGCGUGCAGCAUUGGAAACAUCACCAUCCAGAAUCUGAGCGAGCCUGUCCAAAUUAAAAUCAAACACACAAGAGCUCAGGAUGUGCAUCAUCCUCCCAUCUGUGCCUUCUGGGAUAUGAACAAAAACAAAAGUGUCGGAGGGUGGAACACGUCCGGAUGUGUGGCGCACAGUUCUGACGCGAGUGAGACGGUCUGCCUGUGCACCCACUUCACACACUUUGGAGUUCUGAUGGAUCUUAAAAUAAACCCCACCCCGAUAGACAUAUGGAACACCAAAGUCCUCACUUUCAUCAGCUACGUCGGCUGCGGCAUAUCAGCUAUUUUCUCAGCAGCAACUCUCCUGACAUAUGUAGCUUUUGAGAAAUUGCGAAGGGAUUAUCCCUCCAAAAUCUUGAUGAACCUGAGUACAGCCCUGCUGUUUCUCAACCUCAUCUUCCUCCUGGACAGCUGGGUCUCCUCCUUUCACGUGGACGGACUCUGCACGGCCAUCGCGGCCCUUCUACAUUUCUUCCUUCUGGCCACGUUUACCUGGAUGGGGCUAGAGGCAAUUCACAUGUACAUCGCUCUAGUUAAAGUAUUUAACACUUACAUUCGCCGAUAUAUUCUCAAAUUCUGCAUCAUUGGUUGGGGUUUGCCCGCCUUAGUGGUAUCAAUUAUUCUGGCGAGCAGAAACCAAAAUGAAGUCUAUGGAAGAAAAAGCUAUGGAAAAGAAAAAGGCGAUGAAUUCUGUUGGAUUCAGGAUCCAGUGGUGUUUUAUGUGUCCUGUGCUGGGUAUUUUGGAGUCAUGUUUUUUCUGAACGUUGCCAUGUUCAUUGUGGUGAUGGUGCAGAUCUGUGGGAGGAACGGCAAGAGGAGCAGCCGGACCCUGAGAGAAGAGGUUCUGCGGAACCUGCGCAGUGUGGUCAGCCUGACCUUUCUGCUGGGCAUGACGUGGGGUUUUGCUUUCUUACGCUGGGGACCCUUAAAUGUCCUUUUCGUGUACCUCUUUUCCAUCUUCAAUUCAUUACAAGGUUUAUUUAUAUUUAUUUUUCACUGUGCCAUGAAGGAGAAUGUUCAGAAACAGUGGAGGCGCCACCUGUGCUGUGGCAGAUUUCGGUUAGCCGACAACUCAGAUUGGAGUAAAACAGCUACCAAUAUCAUCAAGAAAAGUUCCGAUAACCUAGGAAAAUCUUUGUCUUCAAGCUCCAUUGGUUCCAACUCAACCUAUCUUACAUCCAAAUCUAAGUCCAGCUCUACCACCUAUUCCAAAAGGAAUAGCCACCCCGAUAAUGUCUCCUAAGAGCAUUCCUUCAACAAAAGUGGAUCAUUCAGACAGCGCUUCCACGGACAAGUCUUUGUCAAAACACGCUGAUGGAGAACAAACAUCGAUCAUCCCUGUCCAUCAGGUCAUUGACAAGGUCAAGGGUUACUGCAAUGCUCAUUCCGAUAACUUCUAUAAAAAUAUUAUUAUGUCAGACGCCUUCAGCCACAGCACAAAGUUUUAAAGUCUUGAAUGUAAGAAGAGGAAUCCGCCUGCAGAAACGUGAAGAUCAGCAAGCUGUGAAAACUACAACUUGCAGAUGUGAAUGUGCUAUUACCUAGGUAACUGCAUGAGGGAGGAAUGUAUUUUGUGAAAUUCAAAAUCUAUCUUUUCAGUAUAUUUCUUCCAUGGAGGAGUUUUCCCCCUCAUUAAGAUGUCAGUGCUAAGAGCAAUAUGACUCAGUGGCCACAAGAGACAUGAUUAUUAAAAAUACUGAAUUAAAUCAGACUAAUCCGGACUCAUGGGGAGACAUUAAAAGUAACAGACAAGGGCGAGGCAAAGCUAAGAACCAACCCUAGUUGAAAUCUCAUUUAUAGCCCACCAAACAGUCCUGGAUGUGCCUACUUAGUGCAUCAUCUUUCUCCAUAAUAAGAAGCAUACUAUUACUUAUAACUGUUCUUUAUGCCCACAAGUUUCAUCCAGGGCUAUGAAUGCAGUAACACUCUCUUUUUUUUGGAUGAAAUUUCAGCCCCAGAUAGAAGAAAAUGGUUCAUGCUUGACCCAAAGCUUUAAAAAAAAUUGUUUUCUUAUAUCAAAUGUUUAAACUUUAGAACCAUAGCAUGCUUUAAAAAAGAAAGUUUUUUCAAAUUUUGACCUACUUAAUGUGAGGCUACGUCAAUUUCUAAUAUUUUACUCAUGUUAUUCAAAGCCCAAGGUUAAAUCAUCAUCAUUAUAAUUUAAUCCCAUACAUUUAAGUCAAGUUUAGUGUUGAUGUGCCAGCAAUUGUGGACUUCCUAGUAGUUGCUUAAGGCUGAGUCUGUUACUUCUCUGCUGAAUAUUGAGUCCACAGGCUCAGAGGAAGAAGAAAAACUUCCAUUAGGCAAGCUGUGAGAAGUAGAAUUUUCCUUUUAGAAGAUACACCACUGAGACUAUGUGAAUCUGUCCUUGCUCUGGAGAUUUUAAGACAUUUCCAAUCGUGCAAAUGAAGUCCUCUUACUGCUCUUGUUGAGAGUUGUGGUCUGAGGAAUAUAAUGUGAGACACGGGUGACUUGUGAUAAUCAGAAUAAUUUAUAAAUGUGUGGGUCAACAAUUGCUAGUCUUAAAAACUACUUGUAUAUUAAGCCCUCAGAUUUUAGUAUACAAGAGCCUGCAGAAGUCUGACAAGAUAUGUAUGAUUUAUGAUCAGUCUCCUGCAUAGAGCCCUACAUAAAAUUAAGCAGCUUACCUAAGUCUCACACUCCUAAGUGAUGCCUGCUUGUUGGUGAAUGUGUAGAAGACCAGGUUUCAUUGUCCUCAGAUGAUGGCACCCUGUGGAUUUUAACAGAAACUAAUCCCAGUGCAGGCUGUGCUUUUACAUUUGCUCUGGGCUAUCUGGGAAGUAUCAGGUUCUAGGAAGCUGCAGCGUAAGUGAGGAGAAAGUUGCUUAAGGACAGAGGCCAGAACCCAGCACCUGGAGGCCUUUCCUUCUGCACAAAAGGAAGGAGGUCAUUCUCAGGCUGAGACCUGACACAGGAGAGGCUUUCCGGCUAUGAAGCAGCCCAAGGGCCUCUCACCUUUGCAGAGAGCUUCAAUCAUGAAGCUGUUUGCCAGGAUGAGAGAACAACAGGUUUUAUUACCGUUCCAUUUUGCAGCAGCCCAGAACACCAUCCUGGCAGACAUGAGCAUUGCCCAGCCUGCCUUUCACCAGGGAGGCUUGCAUUCAGCAGAAAAGGAUAGUGAAUCUUAAGGUCACUGAGAUUCCCUAUAGUAAAGCCAAAACCCUUUUCCAUUUUGGCAGAGGUAGGAUGUAGAUGAAAGUUAAUCUGAAAUAGUCACUGAAUAUUCAUAUACUUUCUCCCCCAAACCUUAGCUAUUCCUGGUAGAUUUCAAUUAGCUUUCUACUGUGAGAUUUCUGUCCAAACUGCUUAUUUAGUUAAUAGUAAUUAAGAUAGAGCUUCAAAAAUGGCUUUGCUUUUGAUUUCUACUCAUAUUCAUCCAGAUCUAGACAAAAAAAAUCCUUUUUUCCAUAUUAGACAACACUGUCAGCUCCAUUUUAGAAAUAUUGAGUAAAAGGUAAGAAAACCAAUGAAGGAAUUGCAAAUGGAAUUGAAAGACUGAGCCCAAUUCGACCUCCAGUUCCCAGCAUGCAGUUCUCACCUUCACUGAACCCCCUCAGAGCAGAGGGGCAGGAAUUCAGCUGGGAGACAACAUUUGGUUAGCCUGUCUUUAAGAAUAUCCAUUCAGACUCCGUUUCGGUUUUGUUUUUUCUUUUCAUUCCCUUUUUUUACACUAUAUUAUGUUGGAGGAUCCUGAGCUAGUUUCUGUUCUUGUCACAUUUAUUUACAUUGUAAAGAUUUUCUUUGUCUGUUGUUGGUGUAGUGUCUUUUGUAUAUAUUUAUUUAUUUGUGUUUAUAAAUGUCAAAUUGUUUCAUACCUUAGCUCGGUAUCGCCUAGCUUCGUUUUAGUUAACUGCAUUAGAGAGACUGUAUAUAUUUUUUCUGAAUACUUUGUGAAAUAGCUUUCUGUAGCGAUACCUUCGAAUAUGAUGCAUACAAGUGACUGUGAGUGCAAAUUGGAAUUAGUGGUAAGAGGCUACGAUCACUGAUUUGCCAUUUUACUUACAUGGAAAAUGUUUUUUAAAUAAAUACUUACAUUGUUCGUGUUCCAAA